AGCUUACAACCCCGCGGACCCUGAGACAAUGUUGAGAACCGGACUGCUAUUGACGCUGUCCUUAUUGCUAUUAAUUGACCGCCCGCUGGGUGUAACUGGACACGGGUUUCUGAGGGACCCUCCUGGACGAUCCUCCAUGUGGCUCUUUGGAUAUGAUUCGCCUCCUAACUAUCAACACAUGGAAUUGUUCUGUGGAGGUUUUCCCACCCAUUGGUGGAUCAAUAAUGGGAAAUGUGGCGUGUGUGGCGAUCCUUAUGACGCACCGCGGGAGAACGAACCUCCUAAUGGCAAAUACGCCCGAGGAAUCAUCACCAAAACUUACGUCUCCGGGUCCGUCAUGCGGGCCACUGUUCACGUGACAGCUAGUCAUAAGGGCUAUUUCGAGUUUCGUCUCUGCCCACACAAUGACCGGAAGGUCACGGUUACUCAGGACUGCCUGGAUCAGAACCUGCUGAAGGACCCCGUCACUAUGGGAACCAAAUUUUUUGUGGAUGACAAGAGUGUGGGUAUUUAUUUCAUAGAACUCCAGCUUCCACAGGGAAUCAUAUGUGACGCAUGCGUGCUACAGUGGCGAUAUAGAACGGGAAACCGUUGGGGUUGUUACAAUAACGACUUUACUAAAGGUCCAUGUGGCCUGGGAUUUGGACCCCAAGAGGAGUUUUACGCAUGCUCCGACAUCCAGAUUGUCGGAAACAGGACUUCGACACAAACAACAACACCAUCCUCAAGAUCGACUUCUGUAUCACAAUCAACUAACAAAUCAACUGUGACAACUAAUUCGACGCCAUCUUCAAAUCCUGUCACAUCCCCAACAAGUCCCACAACGUCUUCUAAACCUGAGACUGUUAAAUCCUCCACCAUGUCAUCAGUAAGUCCCAUGACGUCAUCUAGUCCCGUACUUACAUCAUCUACAACCCAUAGUCCCGUGACUACCACUGCCCCAAUCCCUACUGUACAAAUCGUAUGUAAGGCUGUUGGACCUUGGAAAAAUUUUCUACCAAUGGACAACUGGUGCCGCAUUAACUGCGCACGCAAUUACUGUCCUCCAACACAUUGUCUGUGUGGUCGGGAAGACCUACUUAGUGUUGACAAUGGGAUCAUGAAUUCCGGUAAGACGUGUGUAUCCCUACGCCCAAACACGGGCUGGGAUCUGUGGUGUGAACAUAACUGUCCCAUGGGGCUGUGUUAUCCCACCAUGUGUCGGUGUGGAAGUAUAAGUCUAUCUAAGAUGGUAGAACACAACUUAGGAAGCUAAUUAUUGAAGCCAGAG